GUCCGAAAAUGUUUUUUUAACUUUUUCUGUCAUUCAUUCUUCCAUACAUGAUGAAAGAAUCGAUUUGGAUUGCAACCGCUUUUGUAUUAGUGAUCCCGCUUCUCUUCGUCAUGAGAUCUACAAAAUGGUCAGUCAAAGGCAAGCAUGUGUUCAUAACAGGAGGCUCUCAAGGAUUAGGUUUGGCUUUGGCAGAAUUGGUCGUGUCAAAAGGAGCAGAUGUGACAAUCUGUUCACGUUCUCAAGCCAAAUUAGAAUCGGCUGUUGAAGAGAUCAAGAAAUUUGCUGAAUCUGGUCAGAAAGUCGCUUAUGUUGCUGCAGAUGUGAGCACUUUCGAAGGUGCACGAAAGGCCUUAGAGCUCGCAUCUGGACAAGAUCAAGGAAAGGUGGCCAGAGUACCAGAUGUAGUGUUUUGUUGUGCAGGUGCAUCCAAGCCAGGGUACUUUCUAGAGCAAGACGAAUCACACUUUACAGAAGGGAUCAAGACAAUUUAUAUGACGGCUCUUUCAACAGCACAUGCAGCUACCCAAUUAUUCGUUGCCAACAAAAAGUGGGAUGGAAAGUUGGUUUUGACAGGCUCAACGUUGAGCUUUGUGGGUAUUGUUGGAUAUGCGCAAUAUGCACCGAUGAAAUGGGCUAUUCGUGGUUUGGCAGAGACUUUACGAUCGGAAUUCUUGCUUUAUAAAGGUCUAAGUGUGCAUGCAUACUUUCCCGGUACGAUUCUUUCACCCGGAUUUAUCGAAGAGGAAAAGACCAAACCCAAAGUCACACAAUCGAUUGAAGAUGGCGAGAAAGGAGGACAGAUGCCAAUGCAAUGUGCAAAAAAAUUGUUAAAAGGAGUUGAGAAUGAUGUCUUUCUCAUCACUUCUGAUUUUGAUACCGAGCUAUUGCGAGUAGCAACUUCUGCUGGAGGUGCAUGUCCAGGCAACAAUUUCGUGGUAGAUAGGAUCAAAUCCAUCAUAGCUCUCAUAGGGGUAACAUUCUGGCGAAUAUUCACUGCUGAUGCUUCUAUUCGAAAGUUCGCAAAGCAGAGUCCUGAUCAGGUGCCAGGGCUGCAAUGAUAAUCUGGCUAGAUUGCAAAGGUGAUGGCGAACACAACAUCCUUAUGGCUUGUGUAUAUCAGUAGCAUUUGGUGGUAACAUUGUCAUGUUUGAUCGUGGGAAGGUGAGAUGGAAUCAUUCUCUCGGAUAAUGAUUACUAUCAUUGCCAUCUUCAAAACCAGUGCUUGUAUUCUAUACCAUUAUAUAUUCAUAAUAUAUGAAUAAUACAUGUGAU